AUGCAGCACCUGUACAGUUCUUCGGCAACUCGCGAGUUUGCGUUCAAGCGCCACUUGUUAGCGCCACCUCCACUACCCGCACUCAUACUCAUACCCAUACUCACAUACCUCUCCCCUCCACCACCUACACUCCUACCACCCGCAGCACUCCCACUCCUAUACUCAACCCUUGGUGUUCCCCCAGCAGUAGCAGUAUACACACUCCCAGCACUUCCAGCAGCCCUAUACUUCCUCAGAGGUGUACGCGUAAUCGUAUCUGUAUCACUAGACGAGCCAUCCGAUUAUGGUGCGAAUUUUUGA